AGAUCAAGCUCCCCUCCUCCUCCUCCUCAUCCUCAAUCGGAAUUAUUAAAGUUAAUUAAAACCAAUCAAAAUCACAAUUACCUCAACCGUUUCUUAUUCUAUCAUUGGGAGCUGUGCCAGGUAAGAAUCCAGGGAAGAAUCUUGUAUAUAUUUUUGAGAGAGAGAGAGAGAGAGAGAGCGCUAAAUUAGGAAAGAGCCUCGAUUUAAUUUUAUGAGCUGUGUGGGAGUUACAGCCGGGGCCAAGUUAUUAUUAGACUCUGGAAAUUCUCGGUCGGUAAAUAGAGCAAACCGCAAUCGAUUCCAAAUCGGAGCAAGAGCGCAAUUUGAAUUCAAUUCUUCAUCAUCUCCGCCAUUGCUGCUGCUGCUGCGAGCUACUAGCAGCACCAGAAGACGACACGUGGAAAUGGCGCCUAUGGAGGUGACAUCUGCUUCGGCGCCGCCGUCGACUCUGCUUUUGACUUCCGGCGCCAGCGGCCGGAUAAGCGCCUUGUUCUCGCUCCGGGCGUUGCGGAGUCUCGUGAUGCUCGUCAACGCCUUUUUCUUGCUCCUUCUGCUGCCCUUCCGCGGCGGCCGGAAGCCGUCUUCGGAGAAGUUAUUGCCGGACGACGACAGGCAGCAGCAGAGGGGGAAGGUGGUGCGGGUGCCGCCCACGAUCGUCCACUGGAAAAGCACCACCAGCUCGCCGCCGCCCGUCGAUCAUGACGUGGCGGCGAGGAGGGCGCUGGCGAAGCUGCGUGUGAGACAGGACGAGGAUCCGAAUUGCGUCCGGCAAUAUUCCAUUUUUAACAGCGCUAGAGGGGAGACUCUUUUCACCCAAACCUGGACUCCGGUUUCGGUUAAUAUCAGGGGCGUUGUCAUUGUCAUGCACGGCCUGAAUGAACACAGUGGCAGAUACAGUACUUUUGCAAAACAGCUGAAUGUUAAUGGAUUCAAGGUUUAUGGAAUGGAUUGGAUCGGUCAUGGUGGAAGUGAUGGACUUCAUGCUUAUGUUCCCUCUCUUGAUUUUGCUGUUGCUGAUUUGAAAUCAUAUAUUGAAAAGGUUGUAGCGGAAAAUCCUGGCUUACCUUGUUUUUGUUUUGGUCACUCUACUGGUGGAGCCAUUAUCAUUAAGGCAAUGCUUGACCCAAAAGUUGAGGCCUGCAUAGAUGGUGUGGUGCUUACAUCACCUGCGGUUGGGGUUCAGCCUUCGCACCCAAUUUUUGUGGUACUUGCUCCAGUCAUUGCAUUUUUGCUGCCAAGAUAUCAACUCAGUGCGGCAAAUAAGAGUGGCAUGCCAGUUUCUAGGGACCCUGCAGCUCUCGCUGCCAAGUAUUCAGACCCUUUAGUGUACACUGGAGCCAUCCGUGUAAGGACUGGUUACGAAAUUCUCCGAAUCACAUCCUACUUGCAGCAGAAUCUUAGCAAGAUGAAAGUUCCCUUUUUGGUUCUCCAUGGCACAGCUGAUACUGUUACUGAUCCUGUGGCCUCACAGAAACUGUACAAUGAAGCCGCCUCAGCUGACAAAACCAUCACAUUGUAUGAUGGGUUAUUACAUGACCUCCUCUUUGAACCAGAGCGAGAAGCUAUUUCGAAGCACAUAAUAGGUUGGUUGAAGAAUAGAAUAUGAAAGCUAGGU